ACGCCACAAACUACUAUUUCCGCUUGGGAGACAGAACAACCCAGUUACACGUUUGUCGGAUAUAGUACCACCACUGUGACUGUACCAGGCGCUGACACGUCAACCGACGAGAACGCGAGUAUUUCGGUGCCGCAAUCCAGCGUUUCCACUUUGGGGACAGAAUCGCCGACGGACACGUCUGAGGUAGAUAGUAGCACCAGUGUCGCUAUGCCAGGCACUGACACGUCAUCCGAUAUGUUUACCGGUAUUUCAGAAUCUCAUGGUGCAAUUUCCACUUCAGAGACAGAACAAUUGGUGGAGACGUCUGUUGGAGAUAGUAGUACUAGUCUGACCGCAACGCACACUGAGACCAGUUUGCAAGCGACAGAUGCUCUCACGGAUGUCUCGGAAACCCAAAGUAGUACGAGUUUGACAACAACCACGGCGCCUUUCUCGGCUGCGGAUGUGCUACGUACAGGUUGUUUGCUGUUUGAUUAAUGGUAGAUGGUAAUAUGGAAAUACGGUUUUUUUUAGAUUUUAGGAUUGUUCGAGGAUCUUUGUUUAAUGCUUCGGACCGGGUGUACUUAAAAUUGAGGUUGUCUGUGAUUGUUCAAAAUGCGUUUGACUGCUAUAAUGAUACUUUGACUCCAGGUUGCCGUAGGAUUGUGAAUCGUAAAUGGCAGAAGCGGGUUUGCGGUUACGGAGCUGAAGUGGUGGAUCUUUUUUCAUUAAAUGUAAGGUCGGAAGUUAGGUGUUUCCUAUGUUUCGUUGUUCAUUUGCUUUGUUUUAGGUUGAAGGAGGGUUUUCCAGCGUCUUUUAUUUUGUAACCGAUUGUAAUAAAACCGUACCUGGUCCAAGAACUUUAGAUGUUAUAAAUACGUAUCCAAGAGAGAGAAUGAUGAUGUUGCUCGGCGCUGAAGUUAGGGAUGGAGAAAAUGCUUAUCUAUACAUCAGUUCUGCGACAACCACUAUCUCAGCCACAACCAAUACCUCAGCCACAACCAAUACCUCAGUACCUGAAAACGAUAGAAAACUCUGGAUAAUCGGUGCUGUGCUGGGCCCUAUUGCUUUUGCUGCACUAUUCAUCUUAAUAUUUUAUUGUUUAUACGUCAAAUGUCGUUCAAUAAAUACUAACAAUAGCGGCGAAUUUUCAUAUGUCCUCUCAAGCGAACCGCAACCAGCGCGAAAUGACAGGGGAGGAACAAAGUAUUACACUAUACAGGAACAAUCAAUAGAACAACGCAUACCAAGAAGUCAAUUUCAAUCAACAUCAUUGAUCUCACGUCCGUUACAGCCAUCAAGAAUGCAAAUGUAUCAAUACGACUUACCAGUAUUUGAUUAUAAUGAAGAAAUUUUCGUUUGA